AUGUCCUUUCAAAGUAUGCUGGCUUACAAAAAGGAGUUGCUUAUCACAGGAAAAUAUAGGAUCAUUAGAAGAAUCGGUGGCGGAUCGUUUGGUGAUAUUUAUCUGGGUAUAAACACCGCUAAUGGCGAGGAGGUAGCAGUGAAAGUAGAAUCCAUAAAGGCCAGACACCCACAGCUGCUCUAUGAGAGCAGAGUAUACAAAAUGCUCCAGGGGGGCGUUGGCAUACCACAUAUAAGAUGGUAUGGCUACGAGAGGGACCACAACAUCCUCGUGAUGGACCUGCUGGGCCCGUCGCUCGAAGACCUGUUCAACUUCUGCUCGCGGCAGUUCACAAUAAAAACUGUUCUUAUGCUAGCUGAUCAAAUGCUGGGUCGCGUGGAGUUCAUCCACUGCAAGUGCUUCAUCCAUCGCGACAUCAAGCCUGACAACUUCCUCAUGGGAAUCGGACGUCAUUGCAACAAGCUCUACAUGAUCGAUUUCGGCCUCGCCAAGAAGUACCGGGACAUGCGCUCGCGGGCGCACAUAGGAUAUCGCGAGGACAAGAAUUUGACUGGUACGGCGCGGUACGCGUCCAUCAACGCUCACCUCGGUAUCGAGCAAUCGCGACGGGACGACAUGGAGUCACUCGGCUACGUACUUAUGUACUUCAAUAGAGGCUCUUUGCCGUGGCAAGGCUUGAAAGCGAUCACAAAGAAGCAGAAGUACGAGAGGAUCAGCGAGAAAAAAAUGUCCACGCCUGUCGAAGUGCUUUGCAAGGGCUUCCCGGCCGAGUUUGCUAUGUAUUUAAAUUAUUGCCGUGGACUUACAUUCGACGAGGCUCCGGACUACAUGUAUCUUAGACAGCUGUUCCGCAUCCUGUUCCGCACGAUGAACUACCAGUACGACUACACGUUCGACUGGACGAUCUUGCGGCAGCGCAAGCAGAACCUGGAGCUGGCCGGCGGCGCCGCCGAGCGCCGCUCGCCGUCCGUGCAGCGCCGCGCGCAGCAGCCGCCGCAGCCGCCGCCCAACAACGAGUGA